AUGGAUAGCACCGAAUUUCGAAAACGUGGCACGGAAAUGGUCGAAUACAUUUGCAAUUAUCUGGAAACCUUGGGCGAACGGCGCGUUACGCCCAGCGUGGAACCCGGCUAUCUGAGGCAUCUGUUACCAUCUGAAGCGCCCCAUGAGCCAGAGGAUUGGGAUCAAAUAAUGUUAGAUGUGGAGGAUAAAAUAAUGCCGGGUGUAACACACUGGCAGCAUCCGAGAUUCCAUGCAUACUUCCCGUCGGGAAACUCGUUUCCCUCCAUUCUCGGUGAUAUGCUGGGUGAUGGCAUCGGCUGCAUUGGCUUCUCUUGGGCGGCAAGUCCCGCCUGCACCGAACUGGAGACCAUAGUGCUCGACUGGUUGGGCAAGGCCAUUGGACUGCCGGAUCACUUUUUGGGCCUCAAGGAGGGCAGUACCGGCGGUGGCGUUAUACAGACAUGCGCAUCGGAGUGUGUCCUGGUCACGAUGUUGGCGGCCCGGGCACAGGCGCUGAAGCGGCUCAAGGCACAGCAUCCGUUUGUGGAGGAGGGACAUUUGUUGUCCAAGCUAAUGGCCUAUUGCUCCAAGGAGGCACACAGCUGUGUGGAGAAGGCGGCCAUGAUUUGCUUUGUCAAGCUGCGCAUUCUCGAACCGGAUGAGAAUGCCAGCCUGCGUGGCCAGACAGUUGGCGAGGCCAUGGAGGAGGAUGAAUUGCAGGGAUUGGUGCCGUUCUUUGUGUCCACCACACUGGGCACCACCGGCUCCUGUGCUUUUGACAAUCUGUCCGAAAUUGGCAGCGAGUUGAAAAAGUUCCCCUGCGUUUGGCUUCACGUGGAUGCCGCCUAUGCGGGCAACAGUUUCAUCUGUCCCGAACUGAAGCCACUGCUCAAGGGCAUCGAAUAUGCUGACUCAUUCAAUACCAAUCCCAACAAAUGGCUACUGACCAAUUUUGACUGCUCAACACUUUGGGUACGCGAUCGCAUCCGUCUGACAUCAGCUCUGGUCGUGGAUCCGUUGUAUCUCAAGCACGGCUACUCGGACUCGGCCAUCGACUAUCGUCAUUGGGGAGUUCCACUCAGCCGUCGCUUUCGUUCAUUGAAACUGUGGUUUGUGCUACGCUCUUAUGGAAUAUCCGGACUACAGCAUUAUAUACGUCACCAUAUCAAAUUAGCCAAACGCUUUGAGGAGCUUGUGCUCAAAGAUAAUCGUUUUGAGAUUUGUAAUCAAGUCAAGCUUGGACUGGUUUGCUUUCGCCUCAAGGGCGGCGACAAGCUCAACGAGAAGUUGCUGAGCACAAUUAACGAGUCGGGUAAACUCCACAUGGUCCCGGCAAGCGUUAACGAGCGUUAUAUCAUACGCUUCUGUCCGGUGGCACAGAAUGCCACCGCCGAGGAUAUUGAUUAUGCUUGGGACAUUAUUGUGGACUUUGCCAAUGAGCUGCUGGAGAAGGAACAGCACGACGAGAUCACCGAGAUAAUCAAUCGCAAGAAACAGGAUACAUUGGCCCAGAAGCGUUCAUUCUUUGUGCGCAUGGUCAGUGAUCCAAAGAUCUAUAAUCCGGCUAUAAAUAAAGCCGGCACACCGAAGCUAUCCAUGGAGCUGCCCUCACCGGUGGUGAGUCGAGGCAGUGCACCCAUUAUUCGCACACAGAGCUCGGUGGAUCACAAUUCCUGGAUAUCCUGGCCAUUGGCGUUUCUCUUCAACAGCAACAACGAGGAAAAGGGCAACAAUUGCUCAUUGCGUUUCCGUCAUCUUGAUACCAAUGUGCGUACUUCUACUUCACGCCGCAAUUCCGGCGCCGGUUCCUCACCAUCGCCGGAGAACGAGACGGGCCUUGUAAAUGUCCAACAACAGCCACAACUUCUCAAUCAACAACAACAACAGAUAUCGCCACGAAAAUCGCCAAUGACUAUACGGAAAUUAUCCUCCGCCCGGGAGAAUCACAACUAAAGAGUCGACGGCUUUAUACGAGUAAUUAAAUAUGCUUAACUAUUUAAGGCGCGCUUCAUAAGUAACUGUGACGCCUAGUUGAAAUCUAGACCAAUUUACAAUAACGAUCUCUACCUAUAAAUACCCUAUAUAUUAACUUCUAAUAAUAACUACGUACUUAUGUAUAUCUCUCAGUCAUCUGUAAGUUUUGUUGCUCAAACGAUUUAAUAUUUAUAAAGUAUGCUGAAUAAAUAGAGUAUUAUGCACAGUUUCAAAAUUA